CCGAGGUGUAGAGUAGAGGCACUAGAACCACGAACCCGCCCUCGUCCUCCCCACCGUGGGUGGCCAUGGCCAGAGCCAGACUCCCUCUUGCCGCUUGCGUCGUCGCGUUCCACCUCUGCCUUCUCCUCUGUCCGACCUCCUCUCUCCGCCGGCUCCCCGAAGCAGAGAGCGUGGCGGCCCGCCAUGGCGGGAGCAGCAGGACGGCCUACCACUUCCAGCCAGCCAAGCCCUGGCAGAACGAGAGCGUGGCAGUCCGCCAUGGCGGGAGCAGUAGGACGACAGGCUACCAUUUCCAGCCCGCCAAGAACUGGCAGAACGAUCCGAAUGGGCCGAUGUACCACAACGGAGUGUACCACCUCUUCUACCAGUACAACCCACUGGGUGCGACAUGGGGCAAGGGCAACCUCUCUUGGGGGCAUUCGGUCUCCCAGGACCUUGUAAACUGGGCCGCCCUCGAAACUGCGAUUGACCCUACCGCCCCCUUUGACGCCAAUGGUUGUUGGUCAGGCUCGGCCACAAUUCUCCCUGGGGGCGUCCCAGCCAUGCUCUACACCGGCGGCGACGCCGACCGCGUGCAGGUGCAGAAUAUCGCCUUCGCCAAGAACCCCGCCGACCCGCUGCUCCGCGAGUGGGUGAAGCCCGCCUACAACCCCGUCAUCCCGCACCCGGCUGACGUCCUCUUCAACCAGUUCCGCGACCCUAGCACUGCAUGGGUAGGCAGCGAUGGCAUGUGGCGCAUCCUCGUCGCGGCCCAGGUCGGCAGCAACAACACGGGCAUUGCCUCCACGCUCGUCUACCGGAGCAAGGACUUCCGGCAUUGGGAGCGGAACGCCUCACCGUUGUACACAUCGCGCGCCGCCGGCAUGGUCGAGUGCCCAGACCUGUUUCCGGUGGCGGAGCCCGGCAUGGACGAGGGACGCCUCGACUACGCGGCCGGUACGGCGAGUGGUGCCAUGAGGCACGUGCUGAAGCUGAGCGUGAUGAACACGACCGAGGACUACUACGCGGUUGGGCAGUACGACAACGUGGCAGACACCUUCACGCCGGAGGUGGACGGCGAGCGCAUCAUCGAGGACUGCCGGACGUGGCGCCGCUUCGACUACGGCCAUGUGUACGCAUCCAAGUCCUUCUUCGACGCGCGCAAGAACCGGCGUGUGCUGUGGGCGUGGGUGAACGAGUCCGACAGCGAGGACGACGACAUCGCCAGAGGCUGGUCCGGCCUUCAGAUCCAGAUUGUUCCAAGGAAGGUGUGGCUUGACGGUGACGGGAAGCAGCUGCGCCAGUGGCCGGUUGAUGAGAUAGAGACACUGAGGACCAAAAGGGUCGGCCAUCAGUUGGUUGGACUGCACGUCAACACCGGUGGGGUGAAGGAGAUCACCGGCGCGGGCGCACAGGCGGCCGUGGAGGUCGUCUUCCAGAUCCCAGACUUGGAAGGGGCCGAGACCUUCGAGCCCAAGUGGCUGCUGGACCCUCAGAAGCUGUGUGAGGAGAGAGGCGUGUCCGUGCCAGGCGGGGUCGGCCCGUUCGGGCUGCUCGUCAUGGCCUCCGGCGACCUGCGGGAGCACACGUCUGUAUUCUUCAGGGUGUUCAGACGCAGCGACAACUACAGAAUCCUCAUGUGCACCGACCUCACAAGAUCCACUCGGAGAGACAAAGUGUACAAGCUGGCGUAUGGAGGAUUUGUAGACAUGGACAUGGAGGAGCAAGGGAGCACCAUAUCUCUCAGAACACUGGUUGACUAUUCGGUGGUGGAAAGUUUCGGAGGCGGGGGGCGGACAUGCAUGACUGCAAGGGUGUACCCUGAGCACGCAGAGAAGAGCAACAGUCACGUGUUCGUUUUCAACAAUGGAACCGGCGGCGUGAAGGUGACCAGGCUUGACGCUUGGAGGCUGAAGACAGCGACCGUGAACGUGGUGCCAUUACGCGGAUGAACUUGGACGGAUGAGGUGCUAUUAUACACUAGGAGAUACUACUGAACUUGCAGCAUUGCUGAAGCAGCCGAUGACAUCAGAAACAACUGUUAGUAUUGUGUAGCCGCUGCAAGCUUGGAGUUUCUUCUGCUAGUGGUAGUUUCCAGUUCGUUGCUGAAUCAUGAAUGGAUGCCCAGAUAAAUUGGAUUU